AUGGAAGGGGGCGGGCCAGCUGAGAACAUUGUGAAAAGAAUAAGUGAAUUAUGGAGAAAUGAUGAUAUAAUAACAGCAACAGCUUGUUGGCUAGCGACUGACAAUGCCAGCACCUUUAAAGGCAUUCAUGAGGGUUUAGUUGAAAAAUUAAAAAAGAAUCAUAAUAUGGCAUGUAUCGAACUGAAUACAUGCGCCGCGCAUCCUUAUGCUCUUGUUGGGAAACGUGCAGGCCAAUAUUUAGACAUAACUGGAAAUGCUUUCCAGUCAUGGAAUGAUCCUGAAUCUCGUCGUCGAUUAAACAGCGUACAACUAUUACUUGAUGUUCCUGAUGACUAUGAUCCUCAACGUCAAGUACGACCGAAUGCGAUGAAACGAAAACGAAUAAAUUUUCCAACAACUUAUAUUUCAAAUUCAACUAAACCAAAAGCUAAUGAUAUAAAAUGUGCCAAUCAAUGCGGAAAACAAUUUCGUCCGAUGAUCCAACGCAAAUCAAUGCCAUUUUAUGCUGCCAUCAGCACGAUGAAUAUGAAUGGGUAG